CGCAAGCUUCGCAACCCUCCCAGCGAACUGCGCAAAUUGCUCGCCAUUUGGAGAAAAGCAGCGAUUCUUCAUCCUCGCCUCCAUCCGCCACCAUGUCCGGCUACACCGUCCGCAAGGUUGCUGCCCAGAACACUCUGGAGCACCGCGUCUACAUCGAGAAGGAUGGCGUCCCCGUGUCGCCCUUCCACGAUAUUCCUCUCUUUGCCAACCAGGAGCAGACCAUCCUGAACAUGGUUGUCGAGAUCCCUCGAUGGACCAAUGGCAAGCUCGAGAUCUCCAAGGAGGAGCUCCUCAACCCCAUCAAGCAGGACGUCAAGAAGGGCAAGCUUCGCUUCGUCCGCAACUGCUUCCCCCACAAGGGCUACCUCUGGAACUACGGUGCCUUCCCCCAGACCUGGGAAGACCCCAACACCGUCCACCCUGAGACCAAGGCCAAGGGUGACAACGACCCUCUCGAUGUCUGCGAGAUCGGUGAGCUUGUUGGCUACCCUGGCCAGAUCAAGCAGGUCAAGGUCCUUGGUGUCAUGGCCCUUCUCGACGAAGAGGAGACUGACUGGAAGGUCAUUGUCAUUGACGUCAACGACCCCCUGGCCCCCAAGCUCAACGACGUUGAGGACGUUGAGCGCCACCUGCCCGGCCUUCUCCGUGCCACCAACGAGUGGUUCCGUAUCUACAAGAUCCCUGACGGCAAGCCUGAGAACCAGUUUGCCUUCACCGGCGAGUGCAAGAACAAGAGCUAUGCCAUGGACGUCAUCCGCGAGUGCGCUGAGGCUUGGGAGCGUCUCAUUACUGGCAAGACCCAGCCUGGCAGCGUCUCCACCACCAACGUGACUGUCCAGCACUCCCCCAGCCGCGUGGCUCCCGAGUCCCUGCCUCCUCUGCCUCCCCACCAGGACCUCCCCCCUGAGAAGAUCGACGCUUCCAUCGACAAGUGGUUCUUCAUCAGCGGUGCUUCUGCUUAGAAUGCAUAAUUUUACGAUGAAAGUUUGAUGGCGUCAAGUGUAUCAAAUGUAUAGUCUUUGAUGGUAUACCCUGCCAGAGUUUUAAAAAAUCUAAGCUCUGCAGUAAAAGUACAAAAAAAAGUUUCAUGAC